AUGCAAGUAGUUUGGCGAGAAGAUGGCCAUGUCCUUCCCUGCACCUUUCUUGUUGUCUUCUUCUCCACCGGUCAUGGUGGAAAAUCUGUCGACGGAAAGCUCCUGGCCGCGGUAGGCAAGUCUGGACUCGUCCAAGUCUUCGAUCUCAAGAAACAGAUUCCCUUGCGUCAGCUGUGCGGCCACUCUCGCUCGGUUCGACUCGUUCGGUACCCAGGACUGGAUAAACUCCACUUGUUCUCAGGUGGCGACGAUGCUCUCGUCAAGUUUUGGGAUUGCGCGGUCAGGCUCGGGAAUAGCACCAGAGAGGUAGAGGGCUUCUUCAAGAUCGGCUUCGAUGGUUUUGGCACCAGGGUUCUUCUGCAUGCCUUGAUAACCUACACUGCAGUAGGCGAAGAAGAUGCUUUACUGCACUCACAACCAAAAUCAACAGUAGGAGCACCAACAUACAUUGCUCUAGAAGUUCUAUCAAGGAAGGAAUAUGAUGACAAGAUUGUGGAUGUUUGGUCCUAUGGUGUGACACUUUAUGUCAUGUUGGUUGGAGAAUAUCCAUUUGAGGAUCCUGAUGAUCCUAGAAAUAUCUAG